AAAGAUGCAUGAAUAGAGAAUUUUUCUUUGACGAAGAUCUUAACGAGCUACCUGGAGGCAUCCCACUACUACCAGGAAUGAAAAGACACCAUGCUUUAGAACUAAAGCAAAAGGUAGUACCUCGACCUGACGAUAUUUUUGUCACCUCUUAUGUCAGAAGUGGAACCAACUGGGUUUCAUACAUUAUUCAAUUGAUAGCAAAUGGUGGAAUCCCUCCUGAAAGAGAUUUGGAUAUCAUUUCACCUUGCAUUGACACAAUGGAACCAGCUGAUAAAGUUGAGGCAAUGGAAUCUCCACGAUCUAUGAAACAUCAUUAUCCUUAUGAUCAUGUUGCUGGUGGUCCUCCACAUCAAAGUCCAGCUAAAUACAUAUACUCCUAUAGGAAUCCAAGAGAUGUUGCUGUGUCUCAGUUUCUGGUUCAAAAACAAUUUCCACACAAAUCUCCUCUAACAUGGAGUAAAUUUCUUGAUGAUUUUAUUGAUGGUAAUGUUGUGUAUGGUAGCCCAUUGGAUAAUAUAAGAGGCUGGUGGGAUCAUAAGGAUUCUCCUAAUAUCCUGAUGCUGUCUUAUGAGAGGACGAAGAAGGAUCCAAUAGGAGCUGUACAAUCAAUCAGUACAUUCUUGGGAUAUCAAUUGAGUCAAAAGCUAAUUGAAGAGAUAGCAGCAAACUCAAGAAUCGAUAAAAUGAAAAAGAAUCUUGAGUCUUUUAACAGUGACUUGACUAGAUUUAACUUUGUUCGUAAAGGAGUUGUAGGUGAAUGGUGUAAUUAUUUUAGUCCUCAAGAUAUUAAGAAGUUAGAUGCUGCAGUGAAGGAGAAGCUUGGUGACACUGACAUUGUGUUUGAUUAUGGAGACACUAUUGAUCAGUGAUCACAUUUAUAUAAUCUUUCCUUGCUAGUUUAUUUAAAAAUUUUAUUUUCCAUUGAAACACAUGUGGUGUAAUGAAUCAUACUAUAUGCAUCAGUUAUUUUAAUUUAAGUUAG